GAUAAAUCCAACAGCCAAAAAUUGUCUGGAAAAAUGUUAUACCACAAAUUGAGCGUUAACUUCGACCAUACCUCGUUUCAAAAUCAUGGUAAGACCUCAUGUUCUACUCCUACCCGCCCCUGCACAAGGCCAUGUAAUUCCUGCAACCGAACUUGGUCAACGGCUAGUUAAACAAGGUGCCAAAGUUACAGUCAUAAACACAGAGGCCACUCACAUGGUCAUAACGAAGAAUUGGUUAGAGAAUGAAGGUUGUGAGGAUCUAAUGCAGAUGGUUUCCAUCCCUGAUGGAUUAGAACCAUGGGAAGAUAGAAAUGAAUUAGGUAAGUUGAUGGAAUCGAUGGAGAAGUCGAUGCCUACCAAGUUGGAACAGCUUAUAGAGACUAUUAACAAACAAGAUGACAACAAAGUCACAUGUCUUAUUGUUGAUUUUUGGUUGGCAUGGGCUCUACAAGUUGUAAAGAAGAUGGAAAUAGGAAGAGUAAUCUUCUGUCCUGCAUCAACAGCUACACUAGCCACCAUGUUGAGCAUUCCAAAGCUGAUUGAUGAUGGUGUCAUAAACAACAAAGGCAUACCUCAAAACAGUGAGAUGAUUCGGUUAACAGAAGCUAUGCCGCCUUUAAAACCUGAACAACUGUUAUGGCUUGGUUUUAUUGACUCCACAAGCAAUGAAGUUCAUUUUCAAGAUCAUGUAAGACUUAUUGAAUCAACUAAAAUAACAGAAUGGUUUAUAUGCAACUCAUCAGUUGAGCUAGAGCCUGCAGCAUUUAGCCUGUUUCCAGAGUUGUUGCCCGUAGGCCCUCUUUUGGCAAGCAACCGACUUGCUGAUCAAGCAGGCCAUUUUUGGGCAGAAGACUCCACCUGCUUAGCAUGGCUUGAUCAGCAACCAGCAUGCUCAGUUCUUUAUAUUGCAUUUGGAAGUUUCACUACUUUCAACCAAACUCAGUUUGAAGAACUGGCACUUGGUCUUGAACUUACCAACCGGCCCUUCUUGUGGGUUGUGCGGUCUGGUCAGACCAAGGAGACUGCAAUCACCUUCCCAGGUGGUUAUACGGAUCGUGUUGGAUCUCGUGGAAAAAUUGUGAGCUGGGCACCUCAACAGAAGGUCUUGGCUCAUCCUUCUGUGGCUUGUUUCAUGACCCAUUGUGGUUGGAACUCUACUUUAGAGGGUGUGACAAAUGGACUCCCUUUUUUGUGCUGGCCUUACUUUGGUGAUCAACCUUACAACGAAACUUACAUUUGUGAUGUCUGGAAAACUGGGCUUCGGUUGAAAGAAGAUAAAGCAGGCAUGAUCACACAAGAAGGAAUAAAAAGUAAAGUGGAGCAGCUGCUCAGUGACAAAACAUUCAAAUCUAAGGCCGUUGAUCUCAAAGAAAAGGUUGCUAGUAGUGUCGCAGAAGGUGGAAGCUCACACACUAAUCUUGCAAGAUUGAAUGACUGGAUUCAUGGAAAAGAUGCACACACUGAUCUCAAUGUGAACUAGAAUUUCUAAAAUGAUGUUAGGUAAGGCAUAUCGUCGAAAAUGUGUCACAACUUGCGACGGAUUACCAACGGAAUAACUGAAUUUAUUAAAAAUCAAGCAUUUUAUCAUAAAAGUGUAGGAAACUGCUACCGGUUUCCUAGGGAAUUCCCAUAAAA